AGCCUCUUCACCCCUCUGCCUCUGCAUCUUCAUAAAGCUACCUCAAGACAGAGCAUAACUGCCUCAUUCUAGGAGUGGACUCGGGGAAGGCACUAGGACUCCAGAGUGUACUGAAAACCAACUGAGACAUCCAGCCUUGUGGACUGAGCAGCUCCUGGAGUCUCCAACCUUCCGUUCAUAGGCAGCCUUUGUUGGACUAGCUAAACCACAGUCUGGUACCUUUUCCUCCUGUAGCCUGGACCCUGGUGAGCUGAAGGAACACCUGUCAAGUCCUCUGCCUGACUCCUAGACCUAGCAGCUGUCAUGGGCACCCCAGAGGAGAAAUGCUUCCUUGAGAAUGUGUUUUUCUACCUCCUGGAUACGAGGAGCCUAGAGGACCUGCAGCUCCUGCUGACUGAAGAGGAAUCCUGGAAACAUUUUGUGGCAGGAGUUGGUUUGUCCAGGGAAGAGGAAGAUGCCUUGAGAGAAGCUCUUGCUGAGAUCUUUGAAGAUUCUGAUGGAGAAGAAGAAGACAAACUCCAAAGAGACCUUCAGGGCAAGAAAGAGAGGAAAGAGGAAGAUGCCUUGAGGGAGGCCCUUGGUGGGAAUGCAGCUGACUCUGAUACAGAAGAUGAACACCAACUCCAAAAUGACAAGGAAAGGUUCUUGGAGGCUUAUCCUCCGGUGAGGCUGGAGCUCGAGGAGUGCAUCAAGAAGCUCCACGCCCUGGCAGACAAGGUUGACAAGGUGCACAGGGACUGCACCAUCUCACAGGUGGUGGCCAGCUCCAGCAGUGCUGUGUCUGGAGUCCUCACAAUCCUUGGCCUGGCUCUGGUACCUGUGACAGCAGGAGUCAGUCUGGCACUGUCAGCCACUGGCAUGGGGCUGGGAGCAGCAGCGGCUGUGACUAGUGUUUCCACAAGCAUUGUGGAAAAAGUAAUCGUGGUGUCUGCUAAAGGUAAAGCCAGCAAGCUGGUGCCAACCAAAGACACGAUGAACGGGAUGAGAGAAGUUUUGGAGCAGAGUGGCUCCAGACUUGCUUCUUUAUCUACAAAUUCCAUCCAGAACAUACAAGGCAUCCAGAAGAACAUGAAUGCCAUUCAGCUGGCCAAAGCCAACGCUUGCCUAGCAACUAAUGCCAAGCAUCUCAUGACCGCAGGAAAGACAUCAACCCAAACCACUAAACAGGUGCAGAAAGCCUUUGGAGGUACAGCUCUGGCAAUGACCAAAGAAGCCCGGAUCAUGGGUGCAACCACUGCAGGUCUUUUCCUCCUGAUAGAUGUGGUCAGGCUUGUGGAAGACUCAAAGCAUUUGCAUGAGGGAGCUAAGUCAGUGCCAGCUGCAGAGCUGCGACAGCAGGCUCGGGACCUGGAGCAGAAGCUGCAGGAGCUCAACCAGUUUCACGACAGCCUGAUUCAGUGACCUCUUCCUCUUCAGUGCAGCUCAGAGGACUGGGAGGGAGUGUGCUGGACAGAGCCAUGAACACAUGGGAGCCCCCGACUGUAUCCCUUUUAAGGCAGUUCCUGCUAAAGGGAGAGGGCACACUAAGCUACAGGAAGUCAGAACACAAAUGGGACAGUCUCAUGACCUCCAAUCAGACUCCAGCUCUUAGAUCCAUCAACCUCCCAACUUCCCAACUAAACCAAGCUCCCCUGCUGGGGAGUCCUG